UUUUAAUAGUUUUAUCACAAAAAGUACAUUUUAUGAUGAAAUUGUAAAAAAAAAAACGGAAUAGUAUGUGGAUAUUUCUCAUAGAAAAAUAACGUAAAUAUGCAAAUUUUCCGUGAAUAAUGCAGGGAAACAUUCCCGAGAGAAAUCUGCGAAUGUGUGAGUCCGCAAAUGUGGAGAACGCGAAUACGGGGGGUCCACUGUAUAGGUAACAAUCAUUUCUGGUGAUGUGUUGGUACUGAGCCCUGGGCAGGGGCAAUUAUUUUUUAUCCUUUGUUAACCACUGUAAUUGUCCUUCACUAGAAAGGUCCCAUAAUGUGAUAGGCACUACAUGGCUUUACCGCCACGCCGUUACAUGAUAAGAUGAGUGGCAACCAGAGGCAGUAUUUUCCUGCUACAAUUUUCUUAGCAGGUGAGGAGUCAACAAACAUUUUAAUUAUGUAUUGUUGGCAAAGCUUUUUCUAUUCUCGGGGUAUGUAUUUUAAUGAAUCUGAGGUAGAACUAUCCAUGCUUCCCACCUUCCCGCAAUGUGGGAAUUGGCUAUAUAAUUACUGGGGAAGUUGUAUAAUUAAAAACGUCAUUUUUAUGAUAAAGUUUUAAUUAUACUUACUCAGUACUAAUUAUAUAAUCGGAGCCCACACUCUGGUCCCUUAGCAUGGAUUUCUGUUGAUGAACAUAAACAAACUGAGCUCUUUGUUUUGUUGUUCCAGCAUAAUUAUAAUGUGUCAUAUAGACCUACUAAAGUUUACCAGUUUUCUUAAUAGGAAAGGGCUUAUAGCUGAGGGACCUGUGUAUCUCCUUAACUCCAGUUGCAGUUCUUUUUCCCUUUUUGUUUUCAUCCAUUUCCUUUGGUCUCUUGCUACCCAGUUGUCCAACCUCCUAUACUGUACUGUAUUAAGUUUGUCUUGCUCAGAUGUUCUGUCAUUAAAGAACAAAUCGUUUGGGUGAGCUGUAUGACUCUAGAGAUGGUACUUGGUGGUCUUUUUCCCAAUAUUUUUAAUAUAAUUAUUAUCAUUCAGUAAAGAAAAUUUCUAGUUUCAAUUUGUCUGAAUUAUUUUUAAGAAGUGGGAUCUUGGAAUUUUAACCUAGUGAUCUAGUUCAACUGUAUACGUAGUUGUUUUUACGAACAUUCAGCUUAGUCCCUAUUUGGGGUAGCUGUUUUUAAGGUGGCUAUGGCUGUUUCUGUCUUGAAUGGCUCAUUUCUUAAUUGGAUCAGUAGAUGCUUGAUGGAUGUUUGCCCUCCCUUACUCCUACCCUCCCAGGUUGUGCUUUGAAUUCAUCAAAAAUUUUCCAAAAUUAAAAACUUCUUUUGAGUUCUUCUUCCUCUCUCUUCACUAAAUGGCAGUACAUGCCACAGUGCUUGGCUUGGCAGCCUUUAGUUCAUAAAUUUUAAUCUUCUGUCAUAAUUUUUUUGACUGAAGAAAACCUGUUGCUCUGUCAUAAUAAGUCAAAUAUGAAGUACAGUGGAGAAGAGAGAGAGGUGACUCCACCCAUGAAGUAUCUUUACAUGAUGAAACACUGCUAACAUUGCAGGUUGAAAUUUAGAACUUGGUUUGACACAUGGAAGCUGCCAAAGAACGGUAAUUGUAAAGAACUUGUUUGCUUGUUCUAGAAAAUGUAUAUGUGAGUUUGCUGUUAUUCAUUUGAUAUAUUUUUAGAUUAAUUUUUUUUUUUGUUUAUGCAAGAUAUAAUAGAAAUUUUCAUGUGUGUAAUGAUUAAUUUUGAAAAUAGAUUAAGGUUACAAAUUCUUGUAAGGCUCAGUCAUCAUAUUUUUACAGGAACUUUUUGGCCCUAAUUGGGGUCGAAUCUCCAAUUUUAUUGCAACUAAAACGCCAAGUCAGGUUCGUAGUUUUCACAAGAAAUGGGCAGAGACAGCCAAUAUUAUCCAGGAGCCCCAAACAUUGGAUGACACAUAUGUCAUCAUGCCAGGUGACACUGUUUGCAUUACAACUGAUUUGGAAGAUCCCCUUGGCCUUAUUGAAACUGCAACAACAACAGUAACGACAACCCCAUACUCUCCCAAACGAGAAAGAAGCUCCAGCUCAGACAACAGGAAAGGAAACAACAAUGAUGUGUAUUUUAGAGACUUCAGUUCCUCUGGAGAUGUUUAUGUGCCUCCUAUUGGUGAGGGAUGGGAAUGGGUACUUUCAAGUAAUGGGUUGGUUACCAAUACUCCAAAUAGUGAAACAAAACCUACCAAAAAGUCAAGUAGUAAGAAACAAGAGAACAGGAAGAAGGUGAAAAAGAAGACUCAUACCUCUAGUACCCAGCCAUUUAAGCUGAAAUCGCCUUCAAAAUCUCCCAAGAAAAAGAAGAAACUGAAGAUUACCAUAAGUGCAAAAAACUUUCCACAAGUAAGUGUUAGUCAGCCAAAGAAACUUCCUACUCGUAAAGAGAAACCCAGUUAUGAGGUUGAGGGGUUUUCAGCACCAGUUUUAGAGGGCCAAGUUGUUCAUCUUGUUAAAGAUGAGAAAGAAGAAGAUAGUGAUGUAGAUAUUGAUGUCAGUGAUGAUGAACAGUUAAUGAUUGUCGACAAAGUGCCCCUAGAGUCAGUACCAUGUAAGGGUACAGAUGAUUGUGUUGAUGAUGAAAUCUCAGAGAGCAAAGAUUGUGUAAAUAGCAGUGUUUUUGAAGAGGAAACAAAACAGGACACAAGAAAGCCCCAGACAUUUACUUUCCCAAUCCCAGUGAAAGAAGUUGAGUUAGACCCUCAGGUUAUUACAGAAGAAGAGAAGAAAGUUCAUUAUGAAUAUUUUGACGGUAGAGGUGUUAAGACCCCUGAAAGGUAUUUACGGAUUCGAAACUAUCUUCUUAAUUAUUGGAAACAGACUAAACCAAAAUAUAUGAGAAAGACCUCUGUCCGUGCUGGUUUAAAACAUUGUGGGGAUGUUAAUUCCAUUGGGAAAGUUCAUGAAUACCUUGAAAAGAUAGGUGCUAUCAAUUUUGGGUGUUCUGAAAGUAAUUAUUCAUCUCCAUUGGUUGUGGGUGUUAAACACAAAGAGAAACUAUCAUUGACUUGCAAACCUGUUGUGAAAGUAGAUCGGUCUGACAUGACUCGUCAGAAGCAGAAAAAGAAAUGGGAUUAUCCUUUGAGUGAGGGUGGUGGUCUUACAAUAAGCCAUGAUGAGUCUGGAGCAGUAAUAGAUGCUUGCCACAUUCCAGAAGCUCCCAGAAAUCGGGUUGGAAUUGGAAGCGGUCGUGGUGGCAGCAGACUGGAGCAGUUUAAGUUGGUGCGUUGUUUAGAGCAUGACCCUGACAGUCCUGCUCCCUUUUCUGUCAUCAUGCAUGCUCAUGCACUCAUCACCCUUGAUUUGCAUUCCCAUACUUCAUUAGCGGAAGUCAUGGGCUUACUGGGUGGUUAUUUUGAUCCAGCUGCUCACAUAUUGUAUGUAACAGUUGCAGUACCUACUCGGGCAGUCAGCUCUGGAGUAGAGUGUGAUAUGUGUCCCAUAUCACAGAGUGCUGCAUGUACUUCCAUUCAUGAAGGAGGUGUGCAAGUUGUUGGAUGGUAUCAUUCACAUCCAACAUUCCCACCGAAUCCUUCAAUUCAGGACAUUGACACACAGUCCCAGAUGCAGCAGUGGUUUGCCCGCCAAGAAGCUCCAUUUUUAGGUAUAAUAGUGAGCCCAUUUUGUCCCACCAACCAGAAUGAAGCAUCCCACAUAAGGUGCAUUAUAUUAGACAAACCACCCCAUGGGGAGCCUGAGACAGAAGAAGAAAAACCAUGGCAGACGCCAUAUAAACUUUCUUGGUCUGUCAGUGAAGUUGUUCCCGGGGGUUGGGAAGAGGUGUGUCGUGAGAUAAGAUCAGUUGUAGGAGGGGCAAGGGAUGAUGCCAUGGCCAUAGACUGGCGUGGUGAGUGGAGGGGUCAGAUUACUAAUUGGGAAAAGGCAAUAUCUUCCCUCAAUCACCAUUUGCCAUCACAGCUACAUGGACCCCUCCAAGCUGUGCGAAUGAAAUUCCUUGCUGCCGUGAGAGAAUAUAUGGAUAGUUAAAUCAGGUUGUAUUAUAAGGGGUACUGAAUUACUAUUCAUUAGGAUUUUCUUUUUUCUAAUAUUUUAAUCUAUUGUUAUUGGCAAUGCAAAUGCUGUAUGUAAAAAAAAUUUUGUAUCGAUUUGAAUUGUACUGUUGAUAGUUUUGUUUCAUAUUUAGAUCGAUGUCAUUUGCAUGGUAUUCUGUUUAUUGUGUCAUGAUUUGUUUGAAGAGCUAAACAUAUUGUCUGAGAGAAAGAGAUUUAUCUUUGGAACCAUAACAUUUUAUCCAGAAGUGUAAUUUUUUUCUCAGUGAGAUAUGAUACUGAUGUCUCUCUUUAUGAUGCAGCUUGACAUUGUUAGUUUUGAUAAUUGAAAUAUUUUUAAAUAGGACAACCUGUUGUAGUGGCCUUCUUCUGAACUUGCCUUUGCUUCCACUGCCUUUGAGCUGGAGAGUUUCAGUGCUAACUUGGUUUUAACAUCAGCUCUGUCAUUAGGAUUAGUUACGUUCUGUUGUGAGACUGCUUAAUUUUCAGCUGUGCAGAUUUUAUUUUAUUGAUAUAAAACAGAGACUUGAUUAAAGAAUAAUGAUUAAACAUAUUGGUAUAGUCAUUGUGUAGUAUUUUUAGCUCAGAAAGUGUGGUUCACAUAAUUUGUAAUGAAGGAAAGUCACUUUAAUGUGUUAGGAAAUUAUGAAAAUGUUUCAUAUAGUAAUUUUCAGUAUACACAGUGAUAUUAGAAUUAAAGUGAGGUUAGAAGCGAAGAAUGUUUAUUAGGAUGUUUUUGUCUACAAAACUGUUAAAUCAUAAAUACGUAGUUUUAAUCUGGCCAAACAGUUCUUCAGUCACAGCGGCUUCAGAGAGCUUGAAGUCACAGCAGCUUCAGAGACCUUGAAAGACAAAAGAGCUUGCUGUACAUACCCAGACUGUGCUUCAUCUCCCAAACCUUACAGAUAAUGGAUUGACUUCUACUGUUGGAACACAUUAUCCUUGUCGUGACCCCCCCCAAAUUGUUAUACAUGCACUUAAUGAAUUCAUAUAAACAAGUGAUGCUUGUAAAAUUGUAAAGUUUUUGUGCCAUUCUCCCCUCACUCUCCUUCAUGGAUGAUCUAAAAUUACCUAGACAUACUAAAAACAAUCAUAGUGCACUAAAGUCAGUAAGGAAAGGUACAAAACAUAAUCAAUCCAUAUAUUAACAGUAUACAAACAUACACCAAAUUUUUUUCAAGUAAGCAUUAUUUAAAUAAGCGCUCUUAGUAAACAUUAUCGAAGGCUCUUGUUAAAUGCUUGUGGUUCUGGAGGUAUACGACAACUAGAGAUGCGAAGUAGCGAGUAUUCAAACAAAUGCCCAGUUUAGUUCAUUAAUCACCUGAAGUUAUGUUAGGUAAUCAUUUAAACAUGAAAAGCAUGUCUUCAAAAUUGCCUAUCAAUACUUAUUAAAACACUAAACUAGACACGUUAAAGCCCAAAUAUCAUUACCCUCCUUUAAUUUUAAUAGCUGAUCUCUCACCAUUGCACAUGUUACCUAAACGUAGCACUUCCAAAGGAAAUAUAAGAAUAGCUAACACAAUCAGUAGAGCACUAGUUGCUAAGACAUAAGACAUAAAUUCCGAUGAUUCUAGUUAAUUUCAAGACUAGCAAAGCCGUGCAUAAAGAAUAAUUUCAGUAAGGGCUGGAAUUUACCAAGGACUUAACCAGUGAUAACCAGUGACCCACUUUCAGGUAGACCCUUUUCAGAUACUAUUUUGAGAUGCAGUGAAAGCUGCAUAGGAACCAGAUUUAUUAAAAGCAUCUGUUAUCUUCUUACAAAGAACCUUUCUUUAUGUAAUGAGCUGAUGUAAAUUGAACAUUAUGAUACAAAUAACAAAUAACUUGACGAAAAAAUAUGAAUUAUCAGUGACCGCAAAUACAAACAAACAGAGGGAGUGAGCUACUGCUAAACAAGCGGAACCAAAUUUUGAGAGCCUCCUAGUUACUAAACGCUCCUGUCAUGGUCGCCAUGAACUAAAAUGAUUUAGACAUACAGGAAACACACAAAACAUAAUUAAUCAGUAUAUCAUCAAUAUACAAACAUACAUCAUGAAAUUUCCUUCAGGUAAACAUUAAUUAUAAUAUAGUUAAACAGAAGCUCUUGUUAAUUGCUUGUGGUCCGGAAGAUUUACGACAAUUAGAGAUGCAAAGUAUCAGGUAUUUAAAUGUAUGCCUAAUUUAGUUAAGCAAUCACCUGCAAGGUAAACAUGCACUAGGAGGUUAUGUUUUGAUUCUUGAUUGAGACUCAUGCCAAGUUGGUAUUGAGUUUUUUGGAACCUAUUCGAAACAGAUAGCACUGCAGCACACUUUCCGAGUAUAAAGUUACACCACGAUCAUUGCUGUUACAUCAGUCUUUAAAAAUUGUACUAUAUGAUAGGCGGAUCCAUCCAGGUCCUACUGGUAAAAAGGAUUAAAAACUUCUGCUGUGGUUUGCGCGCGAGUUUAACACUAUCGGCUACUCACACUGAAGUAAACAUUUUGGAUGGCUAAACUAUGGGUAACUUUUAAGGGUCUCUUUGAAAAUGGGUUGUGGUGUAAUUACAUUAGUGACACAUACUUAACAUAAAAACAUCAAUUUACAUAUCUUGUCUUAGUUAACAUAUGAAAUGGAUAACACUGCAAUUAAUAAAAAUUAUUUUCCUUUAGCGUGGAAGAAUGAGAAUGCCACCUGGGUAACUGGAGAAGGGUCUGGCUAUGAACAAUUAGGUCUUUUGUAUUUCAAGACCUUUUGAGUAUUGUAACUGGAGAAGUGUUUGCGUGACAUUAGGCUAUUUAUUAUUAAUAGAUUUGCAAAGAAACAUAUACUACCAAGAAAAAAUUCUAUUUUUAUAAACUACAUAUAACUGUAGGUGAACAAAAUUGAUAAGCACUUAUAGUUGUUUAUGGUAUUGAAGUUAGACUCCUCCUUUUUGCCCUUAACCUAUUUACAAAAUUAAGAUGAAUAGUGUACUGUGCCGUUACUCUUCUUCAUCACUUAACUAGGAACCUCCUGACUAGGCAUGACUUACAAAACAAAAAUUUUGAGUUUUUGGAGAGUAAUUCAUUUUAGUGCAUAUUUUAUUAAUAGACAACUGAUUGGUUUAUAUGUAAAUAUCAUUGCUGUAAUGAAACCUAAUGGGCUGUGCUGGUAGUAGUCAAGGACAAAAUCAAAAAAGAAAUUGUAGUAAGCCAGGCUGCAGUCUUCAUUUCUGUAAUAUGUUUGUCAAGCUCAUUUGUCAGAAAAUUAACCUUCACAUGGGAUGGGUGGAUUAUCUUACUGUGUAGUCAUUGAGGGAUUUAUCUUACCGUGUAGUCAUAUUCUUAUAUAUUGCGUGAGCCUUUUCCAUAAGAGAUUUAGCCAAGUGUAGCAUAAAUGACACACUCAGAGGAGUAACUUUAGGACUCUGCAGCUAUGUUUUGGUCUCCAGCUACAAUGAUUCCUGUCUCCUUAAAUUUAAUCAUUUUGCUUCAAACAUUUCCAACUUUGACUGAGCCGUGCUUCAUUUUCCUCAUGUAGUUUAAAGACAAAUCCAUGUUCCAGCCAAAUGAAAGUCCAAUUAAUUAAUUAAACUACUUGUGAAAAGUAAUAAAUAGUUAUGAGGGGAUGCUUUCAUUGGUACAGUAUACUGCUUACAUCUUACAUAACAGGUCAAAAGAGAGUAAAAAGUAUUCAAAAUAUAAGUAAACUUAAGAAUAUGAAAUAACUAGGGCUGUGAUGUCUCGAAAAAUUUAAAAUAAGGGAAUUAAAUAGACAAAAUAAAGGUAAGAUGUUGCCAAAUGGUUAACCCUUAAACGCCGAAGCAGUAUUUUAAAAAUUGUCUCCCGUAUGCCGGCAGGGUUCGGGAGUGAGCGCCGAAGCGGAAUUUUUUUUUUUUUAAAUCACAGCACGCUUAGUUUUCAAGAUUAAGAGUUCAUUUUUGGCUCCUUUUUUUUUCAUUGCCUGAAGUUUAGUAUGCAACCAUCAGAAAUGAAAAAAAUAUCAUUAUUAUAUAUAAAUAUUGGAAUAUAUGACAGUGCAAAAAAAUUGUCAUAUAUAAUUGUAUACAAAUCGCGCUGUGAGCAAAACGGUUAAAGCAAACGAGUUAAUUUUUUUCGUUGUAUUGUACACUAAAUUGCAAUCAUUUUGGUAUAUAACACAUUGUAAAAUGAUCAAAGCAACACAGAAAAUGAUGCAUGAAUUCGUAACGCGCGGACGUAAAAGACGUAAAAAAAAGCUGUUUUCAAAAAUUCACCAUAAAUCAAAAUUUUGUGCUAGAGACUUCCCGUUUGUUGUAAAAUGAAGGUAAUUGAUUGAAUAUUACUAGACUGUAAGUGUUGUGUUGUAGCUUACAAUUGCAGUUUUCGACCAUUUCGGUCGAGUUAAAGUUGACCGAAGAGUUUGGUCGAGUUAAAGUUGACCGAGAUAAAAGCUACAGCCAUGGGUUGUUUGUUGUUGUAUUCUACAUGAAAUUGCGUACAUUUCCAUAUAUAAAACUUUAUGUAAUGGCUAAUUUAAAAUGGUGCAAACAUUACGACAAUCGGUCAAAAAAAUUUAGGAUUUUUUCGGAAGAGUUACCGCACGUACAUAAGGAAAAAGUUUGUUCAUAAAUUCACCAUAAAUUGAAAUAUUGUGCUAGAGACUUCCAGUUUGUUGCAAAAUGAAGGUAAAUGGUUGAAUAUUACUAGAAUGUAAUAGUUUUAGCUUACAAUUGCAUUUUUCGACCAUUUUGGUAGAGUCAAAGUUGACCGAAGGUUGAAAUUUUGGCACAUCGUUAUUUAUAUGAAAAUAUUUCAAAACUGAUAAAAGCUACAACCAUGGGUUGUUUUAUUGUUGUAUUCUACAUGAAAUUGUGCACAUUUUCAUAUAUAAUACUCCAUGUAAUGGCUAAUAUAAAAUGGUGCAAAAAUUAUGUCAAAGUGACGAAAUAAUUUGAGAUGUGUCGCAGAUGCUUUUGUAGUGUGAAAAGAAAGAAAUUCGCACUUGCGCGGCGGGGUAAUGAUUGUAAACAAAACAACGCCUUGAUCUCUGAGCUACCAGCAUCCCCCAAGGCGAGUGAUUCAAAAGUUUUUGCCUAGUAGGCCUAUAACUAUUUUUCCGCAAAUUAAAAAAAAAAAACUUUUUCGUCGACGUACCAUACGUCGGUUAGUUAGACACCCGACAGACACUUAUCGUCGAUGUUUAAUACGUCCAAUCGGCGUUAAAGGGUUAAUUGAAUUUAACAUGAUACCUAAUUUAACUUAUAGUAUACAUAUAUACAGUUAUUUGUUAAACUGCAGGUUCUCAGCUACACAGCUGUUAUAACGGAAUGUUCUAGCUUUCAUUGUUGGAAUUAAAAUUUGUGUCAAUUUCAUUUUUGGCAUUAGGUAUGCAAUGAUUUCCCCCACUCUCUUUUGCCUUGUGUACUCUGCCUGAAUUUGCAUGUGGUUUAGUUCUUUAUCUAGGCCCAUUUCUGUGUUUCCUGAGCUUUCGUCAAGGUAUUUCUGCAGUUACUAGAUGAUCUUCCCUUCUCAACAUGAGUCAAAGCUAUCACAACUGUUGUUCAGCUGCUGGAUACGAUGUCUCCACCCAUUUAUCAUUAAUAAUAGAGACCUCCUAUCAUUCUUAGCAGCAAAUCAUGGCCUUUUAUGGUGUAACCUUUUGAAAGUUUAAUUUUUUUUUCUUCAUAGGAAAGUACAGGUCUUUUUGCAGCAUCAAAGUAUUUCCUCUCAAAAAUGAGAUACUGUAUUUUUAUUCAUCAUUAAUCUAGUAAUGCCUUUCCACUUGAGCAAGGAUGUUGUUUCUUAACUUACAGUCCCAUGAAUACCUGCUUCACAGUCCUACCUUGCCCUUCUACUGCAAUAUGGUUGUCUGCUUUCCUAUUUAGUAUGUUUGCUUUUUCUUAUUUUCUUCAGGCAAGCCCUUUGAGUUUAGAAAUGAGACUCAUUAGGUUAUUUAAAAUACUUGUGAGUGGUGAUGAAGAUAUUCAUAGUAACCCACAAUUAUGAAAAUUCAUUAUUUGAGACCAUUUGAAAUUUAUUUACUAAUUUGACAGCUUCUUGAAAGGAUCCAUUUUUCAAUUAGCGCAUUGUGAGGUUAAAUAAGCUAGCCCAUCUUUCUCUGUUAUGAUUAUUUUAAUUAUACCACUGUUAAACCUCUGUUUUUUAAGUCAUCCCAGUACACAUUGGUUUAUGAGACUAUUAUGAAAAUCUUGUGUAAAGCUCUUACCUCCCCUUUACUUAUUUAGGAAUUGACUGGCUUAAUAGCUUAUGAUAUGGACACCUGCACUUUCAAAUUGUGUUCCGUGAAUUGUCAUGGGUUAAAAUCCAUGAAUAUUUUGAAAAGUUCUCAUGUUAGGAAAUUUGUUGAUCAUUUAUCCUUUUGUUCAGUUAUGUAUGCAUUUUCUUACACAGGUAAGAAAUAUAGUUACUGAACACUCAGGGAUAUUUCAUAUUGAUCAUAAAGUGUUUUUACUCAGUAACACUCCUUCUGCCAUAUGCGCACAUGCAUUCUUUUUUCUUGUACAUAAAUAGUUUAUUGGAGAUGCAUUUUGUCAAAAGGUUGUAAGUAGUAAUGUAACUUAUUUAUUGUAUAUUGUGUUUUUUUAUAUAUGCUUGAUGUUCAAAUUAUACAAUAAGUGUGUAACACUUGUGUACAUUGUAAAAAAUUUUGGACAUAUGUAUAUUAAUAUAUAAAGAAUAUUCUAGAUUGAAAAUAAAUAUAUGUUAUAGAAUUAAUUGUAAAUGUGAGCUAUGCAUUUGUUUAGAAUGAAUUGUAAAUGUGUGCUAUGCAUUGUUUAGAAUGAAUUGUAAAUGUGAGCUAUGCUUUGUUUGAUAGGAGUGAAGAUGAUGGACAAUAUCGGCUGAUGAAAUUUUCACUGUGUUUACAUUUUUUGUCUGACAUUGGACUUAUCACAAUUUAGCCUCAUGUUUUUACAUUGUAUGUGAAGAGAAUCAUAUUAUGAACAUUUAUAUUAUAUCCUAAAUAGUGUGAUAUGGUUAUAAUGGUGCAUUAAAACUUGAAAGGAAAUUA